AAGAGACUUUGCUAGACGUUCCGACAUUUGCAGUUCCUUGUGGCGCUGUCAGUGGUGGCGGUGCACAGAGGGGCUGGAAGUCAGGCUGUGCUGCACGGAGCCAGUGCCUGCAAGGUCAGGAGUGGCCGCGGUGCCACCAUUGUGGGAAGAUGUCCAAUGAGGAGAGUUACCUGGCCAUCCUACGCUACCUGACCAACGAGCGGGAGCCCUAUGCUCCGGGCACCGAAGGGAAUGUCAAGCGCAAGAUCCGGAAGGCAGCUGCCUGUUAUAUUGUGAGAGAUGGCACCCUGUUCUAUCAGCGCCGGCAUCGGGACAAGGAGCGCUUUACCGAGCUGGAGGUGGUACUGCAGGCCGACCGCAGGAAGGGGCUCAUAGAGGAGGCGCACAUCGGGGAGGGGGGGCUGCACCUCACCCGGCUCCAAACAUGGCACCUCCUGUCCAAGCGCUACUGGUGGAGAGGAAUUUUGAAAGAAAUGAAAGACUACAUAAAAAAAUGCAACAAAUGCCAGGAGAAAAUGGACCGAUCGCGCUUGACAUAUGACCCCUCUGAAAUGCUGGAGGAGUUUGGGAUCGACGUGCAAUUGGAGGAAACGGAUGACGAAGGCAGCACCCCGGUGUCUAGUACCUGCACUGAUCCAAAACCUGCAAAAAGGAAACCAGUGGCUAAGCAUGAACUGGUCUUUGUUGAUAGCAAAGGCAUAGUUAAACAGUCAUCUUCUAAACAUAGCCAGGCUGUGCUUGAUCAGUUAAACCAGCAGAGACUUGCUAAUCAGUUCUGUGAUGUGACACUACUCAUCGAAGGUGAGGAAUACAAGGCUCACAAAUCCGUCCUAGCAGCCAGCAGUGAGUACUUCAGAGAGCUGUUCAUUGAAAAAGGAGCCGUCUCCAGCCACGAGGCUUUUGUUGAUUUAUCAGGUUUUUGUAAGUCCAGCUUCCUGCCGUUGCUAGAAUUUGCAUACACCUCAGAACUAAUGUUUGAUUUCUGCAGUAUGGCUGACCUAGCCAUGCUUGCCCGCCACCUCUACAUGUAUGAAGUGCUGGAAAUCUGUGAAUCUGUUCAUAAACAGAUGGAGGAAAAGCAGCUUACUUUGUAUCAUCAGGGGGAUGUGCAGACUGUAGCUUCUGAAAAGAAUAUUCUUAAUGUCAAUAUACAAGGACCUAUACAUGAAGAUAAGACCACCUCCCCUGUGAUGAUAGAAGUGACAGAUGGCCAACACAUAUUGAAUGAAAACAACAUGGAGUGUCAGACUGCAACACAAACCCAUUCCGGAAACGAUAUAAUUGCCAUUGCUUCGCAAGACCCAACUGCUAUUUCAACACAAAUGUCUGUUCAGCUUACUAGUGACAAUAUUGCAGCCACCUCUGUUGAUGGUGCUACAGCGGUAUAUAUUUCCAGUAUUUCAAAUGCCUCAUCAGAGCUGCAGCCUACAGUCUUUGUUCCUGCUGUUAUUCAGGUUGCUUCUGUUCAACCAGAAUCCCAUCAGAUAGUAGUUGAAUGUCUAGAUGCCCAGCCUUCUUCUCUUAUUGAAAAUCAAGCUUCUGAGGUAACAGACUGUGAAAAUGCAGCUAAAGACUCUGAAGCUGUUUUAAAAGAAAAUGCAUUGCAAUCGGACAUGGCCAGUGUGAGUUUGCCAUGUGUGGAGGAUAUAGAAGUUAAUAUGGACAUUGUUGUAGAAGAAGAUACAAUGAGAAAUAAAGAGAAUUUGAAGAGAAAACAUAGUAGAAUAUCAACGUCUCCAGAUUCUCCUGGGGGUGGAAUGACGUCUGCAGCUGGGAUUCCAGAUAGUGGAGCAAGCACAUCUUUUGAAGGGGAGGCUGAAGCAGAGACAUCGGCUGAAAACAUUGCCUUGGCAGAUACAAGUGCUUCCACAGAGGAUGAUCCCACUUCUUCAGAUGGAGGCCCGUAUAAGUUCAAGCUUAGAGAGCGCUCUAUUGAAGAAGGUGGAUACAUUCAAAUGCACAGAGGAAAAGAAAGAAAGCAUGCAAGUAGAAAGAUGACCCAUAAAUCUGCAGUUCAACAGGCUGCCAGAAAACUGGUGGAGAGGGGCAAGAAAAGAAUGUUGCCACCCAAAAAUGAGGUUGUAAAAGAUGAAGAGGAGCACACAUGUAAAGAUUGCGGAAUGGUGUUUGAACGCAAAUAUGCCUUAAUUAUGCAUGGCCUAAAGCACAACCACAAAGAGUUCAAAUGUCCGCUGUGCAAGAAAGAGUUUCAGUACCGAGCAUCCUUACGUGCCCAUCUUAUAAGACACGCACGGAGAACAGAACCAUCUGUUGUAGAGACAGACAGAGCAGUGAACAAAGGAGCGAUCAAGCGUCAAUACAUUUGUGAUAUUUGUGGAAGAACGCUUCCUAAAAUGUGCUCUCUGAGAAUGCACAUGUUGAAACAUACUGGUGUCAAGCCACAUGCAUGUCAGAUAUGUGAUAAGUCAUUUACACACAAACAUGGAUUAAAGAUGCACAGAGCUUUGCAUGAAACAGAGAAGCAGUUUAAAUGCCAUAUGUGUGACAAGUCUUUUGUAACCAACCGCAGUCUGCAAGAGCAUGUGAGCACACAUACAGGGGAAACAAAGUAUGUCUGCACAGUGUGCGGUAAAACAUACCACAGAGCAUCUGGACUUAGUAAGCACCUCAAGAAGCACAGGCCUAAAGCUGACGUUCAAGAAUAUCAUUGCACACAGUGUGAGAGACGUUUUUCCGAAGCUCGGGAUCUGCAGCAGCACAUGAAUAAACACCUUGGUGUGAAGCCGUUUGAGUGUGAGAUUUGUGGAAAGUGCUACAGCUGGAAGAAAGAUUGGUAUUCCCAUGUAAAAUCUCAUUCAGUUACAGAGCCCUACAGGUGUAAUAUUUGUGGAAAGGAGUUCUUUGAGAAAUCAUUAUACAGAAGGCACGUGAAUAAGGCUACCCAUGGCAAGAAAGGAAGAAUAAAGAGGAACAUUGAACGGGUUUGUAACCACUGCGGUAAAGCUUUUUCACAACUUAGAGAGUUCAGAAGACACGUGAACAACCAUGAAGGUGUGAAGCCCUUUGAAUGCCUAACAUGUGGAGUUGCAUGGGCAGAUGCCCGCUCCUUAAAGCGUCAUGUAAGAACACACACAGGGGAACGGCCCUAUGUUUGUCCUGUUUGCAAUGAAGCCUACAUUGAUGCCCGCAAUCUACGCAAACACAUGACCAAGUACCAUAGCAACUAUAUACCCUGCAAAAUUAUGCUGGAGAAGGACAGCCUACAGUUCCACCACCAAGGAACUCAAGUGGAACAUGCAGUCAGCUUUGUGCCAAAUGAAAUGACAGAAGCACAGCCAGAGAUAAUAAGUGAAGAGACUGAAACUGUAUUAAUAGCUGGGGAUGUAGAGGAUUCUGAAGAAGCAGAAACUAUAGCAGCCGAGGAUGGUUCUGCUGUGAACUCACUUUCUGACCAAAGCAUCAUGCAGGUGGUAAACUACGUGCUGGCUCAACAGGGGACUAAACUUGAAGUGACUGAUCAACUAGAAACUGUGGAAGUAGAGGUUGGCCAGGUUUCGGAGGUCCUAUGACACAGCAGUGUAUAGGAAGAUUUUGCUGUAUAUAUUGUAGCACUUAAUAUUAUCUCCAUGCAAUGAAGUAUGCGACCCAUAAGUGUAUUGAAGACUUCACUGGUUUGCUUGCUUAUGUUGUGUAUUUGCAUAUAUUCCAGUUUACAAUGUUAUUUUUUUUUUUUAGCUGUUCUACAAUUCCAGUACAAGUUGUAAUAUUUCUUUGGGUAGGCUAGAACUUGAGCCUCUGUUUGUCAGACAGCCUAAAAUAAAUGUCAUUUCCAUUUCUUUUCAUUUUGGUUUGAAAUUGUCUUUAACAUCUUCUAGUUCUUCAGUUUUGUGAAACUCCAGAAAGAAACCUACUUGUUUGCUAGAGACGGGAUUGGAAGGUUGAGUCGAUAUUUGAGUAAUUUUUGUUCUCCCUAUAAAAGCCUGUUCUUGAAGUCCAUUGAGAAACACAGCAAUUUAGAUACUGUUGCCUACAGAAGAAUUCCAGGGGGUCACCAGAACUAGUGCCCCCUCUACAUUAUUCUGGUGUCAACCCAAAAUUUGGAAUUUUCUUUCACUUUCAAUGAUAACCGUAAACCUGACAAAUAGUGUGAGUUUCCCUAACGGGCACAGACAGUAAUAAAGAUUGCCAGGUAUUCUAAUCCAUCUUCACUCUUUUUUAAUAAAAAAAUAAAAUAAAACAAGUUUUGUAUUUUUAGUUACACUUUAAAGGGCACAGGAAUCCAGACAUUGCUGGAACAUCCAAAAGCCGUGCAACUGAAGGAUAAGCAACGCAGUAACAACCACUAACAGACACAGUACUGUCCGAGGAAAAAGGCCUAAUGAGACCAAACGCGACGCAAGAAGGCAACAUGAUGCUGAGACCUCAACAAGUUGGCCACCAAAGGGAACAAUUUCACAUGGGAAAGGCACCAAACCUCCAAUAACUAGAACCUUUACAAAAAAAGGUGAACCAGUGUCUGAAAGGAAGAGACCAGUGUCUGAAAGGAAGAGAAGACCCACAAUAUGAUGUAGUCGACAGAAAAAAGAGGGCAUCCCCUAUUAAAAAAAAAAAAA